AUGUCUUUACCAUCCAACAUCCCACCACCCCCUCCCUUGUUCACCACUCCACCCAGGUCAUCGAUCAGCAGCGUCGACGACCACACAACGUUGAGUUCAAACAUUCCUCCUCCUCCUCCAUUUGCAUUCUCUUCGAACUCGGUCACCUCCGUUCCGCCUCCUCCUCCUCCGUCUUCCAUGUCUUCUUCAUCCACCACUUCAAAAAAGUACUAUCUCUCCAAAAUGAAGAAGGACAAGACAGAGACACGUCACACCCUGACCAUUUCCAGUCAAGCAAAUGAAGCCAUUCUCAACUCAACCACCACAACCACCAUUCAUCCGGAAUUCAUCAUCCGAGAUCCCUAUCUUUCCGAAUACAUUCCUUCCGAGAAUCAAAAAAAACAAAUCAAAGUACUCCUCAUUACCACUCCGAGUGUUCCCAACAAGGGUCAUUCCAUUCUCGAAAAGUGUCUCUCCGAUUGCAUUCAACAGAGUCAUGACUCGAGAGCACCCGAUCUUGUCAUUACUCCGGAGCAUUGGAUUUCUUCGGGAUCAUGCACAGUUCCACCCUCUCAACAUUCGGAAGUAAUGGAAAUUGCACGAGUACUUUCUCGUUAUCAUUGUUAUGGAUUUAUUGGAAUGACUUUGGUGGAGAAUGUCACAAAUUCAAAGAAUUCCAAGUCAUUUUCGGUGGAAUAUCAACGAUUCAAUGUGGUCACAGUGAUUAAUCCAAAGGGACAAGUGUUGGGAGUGUACAAGAAACGACAUCCGACAGCUCAUGAAACUGCUCUCUCCAUCGGAGAUCGGGUCGGAAUCUUUGAUACCAUAUAUGGAAGAAUUGCAGUCUUGAUUUGUUUUGACAUUGAGAGUGAAAAUAUUUUACAAGAAACCUUACUGUAUCAACCCAAGAUCAUUGUAAAUCCGACAUUUAUUGGAGGAGGUGGACUUUUUGAUUCAAAUCUCAAUUUAACACCUCAAGAUGCAGAACGAUCGAGAUACUUUCAAAUUAAAACCUCUUUGGAAGCAUUUGGAAGAAAUUUCGAAAAGACUUGUGUGGACUCGAGAGUGACAAUUAUUCGAUGUGACACAGCAGUCAUGUCAGGUGGAAGAGGUACUCAUCAAUUGAUGACACCUUACUCAACCAUUUAUCCUCCUUCUUUUUAUAGAAAUAUGGAUUUUUGUUUUUAUGUGGAUUUAGAUGUGAAUGAGAAUGAUUUUUCACAUGAAACGGCAGCUCCACCUCGAGAUCGUUCCGAUCAAGCAGAUAAUGUGGGUGCAAGAUAUGUCAUGUAUUCAAACGAGAGACAACGUUCAGUCUUGUUGAAUCGAAAAGAUGUUGUUCAUGAAAAGGAUGUAAAAGUGACAACGACAACAACAACACCUUCUUCUUCGUCACUUGCGGUGAAUCCUUUUGGUGUGAAAUUUUAUGGUCACAACAAGUAUAUUUGUCAUGAUCAGGAACGAGUGGCCCUCGUGAAUGCCGAUGUUUUGUUUUGUAAUGAAGAAUUGGAUCGGCUUAAUAUUUAUGAAACUUUUGGAGCUUUCAUUGAGGAUAUUUUUGUGAGAUUUGACAAGAAACAAUUACUGAUCAUGACCUCAGACCACAUGUUGAGAAUUUUCACCCUAUUGGACGAUGAAUUGAAGUUAAAAGCUUGUAACAAGUCAUUUCUCAAAUUUGAAAAGCAAUUUAAAAUUCCUUUGUCACUUGAAGUGACCAGUUCAGAGAAUGGAGAUGAUACAGAAAGGUGCGACAACAACAAGCAUAUUGCAAUAUGUCGAAAAUUCUGCUCGUUUGGAAAAUCUUCUCAAAAUCCCACUCAUUUAUUUAUUUAUUCCUCGAAUGGCAUCUUGAGAGUUCAGUUAACAUCAACAAAGUUCAAUAAUCGUGAGGAAUUGAUUUCUUUCGAUUCAUCCAACUACUAUGUGAACAAAACGUCUUGCUCUCAACAAGAGAUUUUAACCUUAGUAGAUUAUGAAGAAAGUACUCAAACUUUAUAUUUCUUAUUGUGGAACACAGAGAAAAAGAAUGAAUUGUUGCUUGCUUCAAAAUGCUUUGGCCAUGAUCUUGAUAUUCAAGAAACAACGUCAUGCAUGAUGGUUAUUCUAAGCUCGGUCACCAUUGAUAAUUUGAACCUAACCAAAGAAGAAGAAUCCACGUUGAUUCAGGUACAGAAAACAUUGGAAAGAAAUAACGAGAAGCAUUUUGUGAUCACUUUUAGAAACAAACAUUCUUCUUUUGAGAAAAUGCUUCCUCUCACUUGCAAUACACAUCCUAAACCCUCUCUUCACCUGAUGGAGAGGCCUAUCUUAUUGCCACAGCCUUGCACCUGUGUAUUGCCUUUAAAUUUGUCACAAUAUCUGGCUGCAACGGUGGAGGGAGAAUUGUUGUUGCUUGAGACAACAUUGCAACAACAGCAAGACCAAGUCACACCUUCUGUGAGGCAUCAUUUUCAUCGAAUUCCCAUUCACAAAGCUCGAAGAAUUUUGAGUAUGCAUUUCAACGAGAUGCAAGGAUGUUUGGUCAUGUUUCACGAAGAUGCAACAAGUGAGGGAGUUUAUCAAAGCCUCACACGGUUUGGAACGAAUCGGUUUGUGGCAGACCUGUCCAACUUCUUCGUUUGA